UCUUAAGUGAAGUGCCAUGGCAAUUCCAGAUGUGCAGGUGCCGUUCUGGUUGUUCUGGUUCUUGUUGGCCCCGGACGUGGUGUUUCCGCGGCGUGUGAUUUACAGGUAGAAAACAUGUGGCAUCUGUGGCAUCCGGAUUUGGAAUGCAGCAGUGUGGCACUGAACGCCUGGUCUUUGCUGCGGCAACAGUCCAUUGAGAUGCUAAACCUAUGGCGUGAAGAUACAGAAGCGGUGCCCUCGGUGGAAUUGGAGGAACUCUCCAGAGAACUCAUCACGACGCAUCGAGCCAAUGCUGAAGAACUCUCACAUUUUUGGGCUGAUCGUGAUGAUCCUGAUCCAUGGCCCUUCAAACAUUACUGCAUCUUAGGGCAUGUGACAGCUUUUUACCUUCUGGCCUGGGUGGCAAGCAGUCAAGGCGAUGUAGUUCAAGCGGAAUACUACCUUAUGAGCGCCAUUUCAAUGUUGAGGAUGGAUGACCAUGACCUCUUUGAGCAUACCUCCUGGCCAUUUACGUCUUUUGACAUCCUUUCCAACCUCUUUUUCCUUCGCCGUGGUUGGCCGUUUCAAGGGAUGCACCUGAAACCCGACGCUGACACCGGUCACACCAUUCGACAAGGCCUACCAUUGAUGUGGCCACCUUACGCUCCUCGCUGCUGGCCCUGUCCUGAAACGCUAAAAGGACAGCUGAAGGACCUGAAGGCGUUUUCCAGGCACCGGCUGAAGGUUUGGUGGACUUCCAAAAAUCCUGGACCUUUUGUAGACUUUGCCACAAUUCUGGAGAAUUGGAUGAAUGAUCGCUAUGAGGUAGAGGUUUCACACAAUGCCCUGGCUGAUCAUUGUGAAUAUGCACGUUAUAAAAAUUGGCUUUGUUCCAAAGACAUGCGCUUCAAAGAAGUCUUGGAAGAACAGAGGAUUUCGACUCAGGCGUCGCAGAUGGAUUGUGGAGAACGUGGACAGUGGUGCGGCUUAAGAGAGCUUCACCAGGAGUUCGAUGACAAGGUGAUUCCACGUUUCAAGCAGUUGUUCCACGAAUUGAGAGAUGUGGAUUUGUUCGCCUGUGGCCAUCCACUGUACUGGUGUCGUUUGGUCAUGGACUUCAACGCACCCGUCCUUGGGAUUUGGGACAUGACACAUCAAUUCUCAGUCCCAGAGGAUUUGCAGGAGCACUGGACAGCCGAAUUUUUGUUGUUUUUCCAGCAGAAACAAAAUCUCUUGGUGGCGAUGUCAGCAUAUCACAGCUUUCAGGUCCAUUGGCUCUUGGGUUUGCGCGUGCCAUACUUUCAACCUGUGACCCCUGAUGUGUCACUUGGGGCGAGGUAUUCCCCUCAUGUGAGGCCUAAUGAGGUGGUCGUGAGCAAAUUUCGCACUCCGUACGACAUCGAACUUCUCCGCAAGUUUCUUGAGGAAGCCAAGAUGGCCAAGACAGCAGCACUUCCGGGUCUUCCGGGUCUUCCGUUUCGAUUCGUAGCCUGGGAGGACAUGCCCUGUGGGCAGGAUUGCUCCAAAGCAGAGCUUGGCCGUUUUCGUGCCAGCGUGUUGUCUGCAUAUGACACAAGCCCGAUGAAACUCACAGAAUUCUAUGCCAUGUCGAUUCCAAUUUGUAUCUUCUCGGGUGGACUUUGGCGGACGGCGAUGCGAUGGGCAAAAGCGGAUGCCAAAUCUGGUGGGCUCAAUGCCACUCGACCGGGGCGCGACUUUGGAGUCUUUGGAGAUCCCGACGAUUCGAAGGAUCCGAAGGACUGGCAGUGGAUCCAAAGGGCCCUGAAGAAGGAGACGGAAGAAAUCCUUUGGGAAGAGCCUUGGCAUCCUCGUCCGAAAGGUCCGAAAGUUCACAAGCUUCAAGAAGAUCAAGAAGGACCGCCCUUUGGUGAUUUGCCCUACUCACCAUUUAUGGAGAAUCGUGCUGAGCUAGUUACACCUGGUGCAGCUUUCUGGGUGCAACUCACAGAUUGGGCCUUGCUGCCACACCUUCUGCGGUAUGAGAGUGCUUCGCAUUUGCUGCAGAUGCUAUCAGAUCUAUCCCUGGAUGACUUAUUGGAAGUCAGCCGCCGCAUGGCCAGUCAUUACACCAAGCUCUUGGUGGCGUCAACAAACUUUUGGCGAGCUCUUAUCAUGAGCUUGGUGGAAGACAGGGACUCCUCAAUUUGGAAGGGUUGAGGAAAGGUCGAGAUUUUGCUGCCAGGACAUGUUGAAGCUUGUUUCUCCACAAUAUCUCCUGCUCUGCCUCAAUGCAAUCGCGUGCAACGACUAGUGGGAAAUGACAUGAAAUGACUACACGCACUGGAGCAAUUUAGGCCACCUAUCCUGUGCACUGUCCUUGGAGCGCCCAGUGGAUCACCAAAAGACAUCAAACUAUUUGCAAAGAUUGUGAAGGGGAUUGCUGAGACAGGAGACCUCCACGGACAUUCGAAGAGUGUCAUAUCGAGUCAUAUCGAGUCAUAUCCCAUAUAUACGUAUGUCAAGAGAUGUCAAGAGAUGUCAAGAGAUGUCAAGAGAUGUCAAGAGGAUCACAGCAUGGACUUUGCAAAGAAAUUCCGAUCGAAGUUCGUCAGCAUAUUGCAACUUGACGUAGGUGAAGGUGGAGGCUGUGACGUUGUGGGCUUUGGUCGAAGAGUGUCAGAGAUCAAACACAAAGUGCUGUGCAAUCAGCGGCAAAAUGUUGAAGUGCAGCAUUUAUUGAUUUUUGCCUUUCUUUGAUUUUCUUUGUGACCAGACUUCAGUCAGUAUCUCAGUGUUCGUUCACCUUUGUUUCGUUAUCUGACAUCACUCGUAGAGUCUCGUGGCUCCUCAGCUUCUCAUUCUCAGUGUCCGUCGGACUGAGUCCACGUGAGACGUGACGUCAACUGGGGUAGCUGGGUAGCUUUGCCCAGGCCACAG